GGUGGUGUGUGGAAAAGGAAGAGUGGUGGGUAAAAUUGGCAUUUAGUUCGGUUGUGAGCCGCGUUCAGUUUUUCAGUAUCGUAAAUGUUUACGUUCGGGGGGCCCUAAGUUUCCCCCCUAAAAGCGGUUUAAUCCCGCAGCCCCAUAUUUAUCUUCCCCCAAGUUCGUUUCCACUUAUUUUUUUUUUUUAACGUAGUAAUCGAGUAAUCUUUUAACUAAAAUGUCUUCGGAUGAUGAAAAACCCCCAGCGCCGCCGGUACGUUUAACGUCCAAUCGGGGUAUAGACAUAAGUAACAGUAGUAUUGCGGUUGAUAGACCGUUACCAAAAGAGCCUGAAGAUCCAGAACGGAAAAAGAAAACAUUAAAAUCGAAAAUAAAAAGCAACAAAUCAUCAACGAUCAUCUCAGAUAAACCUAACAUUUCAUAUCCGACGAAUUUUGAGCACACCGUUCAUGUUGGAUUUGAUGCAGUUUCUGGGGAAUUUACGCUGCCAUUGAAAGGUAUGCCGGAAGCUUGGUCGAGAUGGUUAAAAGCUUCCAAUAUUAGUAAACAAGAACAAAAAAAGAACCCCCAAGCUGUUUUGGACGUCUUGAAUUGGUACGAUAGCAGUUCAAAAGAACCGCCAGCGACUAAAUUCAUGACCAAAACUAACACAGCGACGCAUUCUGAUUCAUCUUUAAGUCGAGUAUCAAGCUCGAGUCCCAGCUCAACAACGCCAACAGAACCGGAAGGAGGGCCCCAAUCUUACCAUAGUCCUGUACAUGCUCCAAGCUCUGAAAUAGAAGAUGAAGCACCUCCUCCACCAAUUGCAAGUAGACCAGAGCGCACUAAAAGUAUUUACACUAAACCAAUCGAAGACGUUCAAACCAAUAACACUGUACACACUCCAACACAUAGUUUGAGUCCGGUGCAUACACCUCCGACUCAUGGCCUUACUACAACUACAAACAAUGCUCCGAGCACCCCAAUUUUGGAUCGAAAUAAAAAUCAAGCUGGACCGGAAAUGUCGAGGGCGCCGUCGGAAAAACGCAAAAAGAAGAUGACCGAUGAGGAAAUCUUGGAAAAAUUGCGGAGUAUUGUUUCUGUUGGGGAUCCUAAUAGAAAGUAUACGAAAAUGGAAAAAAUCGGACAAGGCGCCUCUGGAACUGUGUACACAGCAAUAGAAACCUCAACAGGAACAGAAGUGGCUAUAAAACAAAUGAACUUAUCGCAACAACCAAAAAAAGAGUUAAUAAUCAACGAAAUUCUAGUCAUGAGAGAAAAUAAGCACGGUAAUGUGGUCAAUUAUUUGGAUAGUUAUUUGGUGAGCGAGGAACUGUGGGUUGUAAUGGAGUAUUUGCCUGGAGGGUCAUUAACAGAUGUUGUAACGGAAACGUGUAUGGACGAGGGUCAGAUUGCCGCAGUUUGUCGGGAGGUGUUGCAGGCGUUGGAUUUUUUGCAUUCUAAUCAAGUCAUUCACCGAGAUAUUAAGUCUGAUAAUAUAUUGCUAGGCCUCGACGGAUCCGUUAAAUUAACGGAUUUCGGUUUUUGUGCUCAAAUUAGUCCUGAGCAAUCGAAAAGGACGACCAUGGUAGGAACUCCUUAUUGGAUGGCACCAGAAGUAGUUACACGUAAACAGUAUGGACCAAAAGUUGAUGUAUGGUCUUUGGGAAUAAUGGCUAUCGAAAUGAUCGAAGGAGAACCACCUUACUUAAAUGAAAAUCCUUUAAGAGCCUUAUAUCUCAUCGCGACGAAUGGAAAGCCGGAAAUUAAGGAAAAAGAUAAACUCUCACAACCUUUCCAAGACUUUUUAGACCAGUGUUUGGCUGUAGAAGUAGAUAAAAGAGCGUCGGCAAAAGAUUUACUUAAGCAUCCGUUUUUAAAGUUAGCGCGACCGUUGGCAAGUUUAACCCCGUUAAUUUUAGCGGCGAAAGAAGCAACAAAAGGACACUAGCAUUAGGUUAAUUAGCUCUAUCAGAACGGGGCUAAAUACUCAUAAAGAGGAAGAGCAAAAACUGUGUAUCAUAAAUGAGACUAAGAUGAGCCGCGUUUUUGUAGAAAUCGUAAAAGUUAACAUACUAGACACGGCUCAAAUUCGGUAAAACAAUGUCAUCUAUUAUAUACAGGUUGUUUUUUACGGAGACACUCUGUAGAUUUGAAAAAGCUGAGAGCAUUUAUUCAUUUUUAUUAAGAGCUGUGUUUGGUAAGAUGACGAUGACGUGUGCCUAACAUUAUGAUAAUAAAAAAAUAAUAAUCUUG